AUGGAAGUGGCAUCCUACUUCCCAACUGCCGGGCCCGCGUCCUGCCCCGGGGGCCCAGUGCGAACGCUCUCCAUCGAUUUGCCCAGUGGGCAUGCCUCAAGGCCGUCGCGCCGCAGCAAGCAAGGCGUGGCAGAGGCAUUCCUGCAGCGUUUGCAUGAGAAGGGGGACGUGGAGCUAACAGAGCACCUGGUGGAGACUGUGUGCCAGCACUUCGAGCGGCUGCCCACGCGGUAUGCUCUCGACGUCAACAUAGAGAGCCUCGAUGUCCUCAGUCAUAAGCGCCUGCUCGAGGAGGCGCGCGCGGACCCGGCCACGGUGUCGUUCGCCGUGCGCCCCGUCGAGGUGCUGCACGUGCUGCGCGACGCCGACAACCUGCCGUCGCCGGCCUUCCCCGAGCCCUCCCCGCGGCGGGGCCACCCGGUGCCGCCAUCCGCGCGGUCCCGGCCGCUGCCCAAGCCGGCGUUCGGCUCCUCGCCAAACUUGCAGGCUUUGGCCUUGGAGGUGGGCGAGCAGCGGCAGGACGCGUCGCACGCGUCCCUGGAGGGCGCCAGCAUGGCGGGGGAGGCCGGUGCCCCGGACAGCACCUUUUACGAGGUCACCAUCGCCACCGUGGACCAGCCCAAGCUGCUCAGCCGCCUGUCGGACGCGAUGGGCGACCUCGGUUUGAACAUUCGGGAGGCGCACGUGUUCAACACCGCGGACGGCUUUGCCCUGGACGUCUUUGUGGUGGACGGCUGGAGCGGGGAGGUGGGCGAGAGCUUAGAGGAGCAGCUCGGCCAGCGGCUGCUGCGCAUGCCGCCGCCCUUCGUCCCCGACCGCCAGCGCAGCGGCCACCUCAGCAGCAGCGGCGCCGGCAGCGGGCCCCCGUCCGGCCCCUACGGCGCCGCGGGCGGGUGGGGCGGCGGCGCGCUGCCCUCGGACCCGCCGCCGGCGGGGUUCCACAGCGGCGGCGGGCUCGCGGGGCCGAGCGGCGGCGGGCUGGGGCCCGCGGCGUGGAACGUCAGCAUGCCAGGCGGUUCGCCGGCGCCUGAUGAUUGGGAGAUUGAUAUCAAUCAGCUGCACAUAGACUCGAAGGUCGCAGUCGGGUCGUUCAGCAAUCUGUACAAGGGGUUCUACUGCGGGCAGGAGGUGGCUGUGAAGAUACUCAAGGACCUGGGCGACGACGCGGCGCAGUACAACGAAUUCCUGCAGGAGGUGGCCAUAAUGCGCAAGGUGCGCCACAAGAAUGUGGUGCAGUUCAUCGGCGCCUGCACCCGCAAGCCCAACCUGUGCAUCGUGUUUGAGUACAUGAGCCACGGCUCGGUGUACGACUGGGUGCGGCGGGAGGGGCCGCUGAAGCUGAGCCAGGUGCUCAAGGUGGGGCUGGAGGUGUCGCGGGGCAUGGACUACCUGCACCAGCGGAAGAUCAUACACCGUGAUCUGAAGGCGGCCAACCUGCUGCUGGACGACAAUGGGACGGUCAAGAUCGCUGACUUUGGGGUGGCGCGCAUCAUAGAGACCAGCGGCCACAUGACCGCGGAGACGGGGACCUACAGGGCCGGAAUGGCGGCGCCGGCGGCCCCAGGAAGCCAGAGCUGA